GUUAUCAAAUAAGUGGCUUGUAUCAGCUAACCACAGGUCCCUCACUGGUCUAGGUGGACUACUUGUUGUCACAAUGGCUUGUGAAAGACACUCAGGUCCCCGCCACUAUACUGUGGGCACAAUGUCUGAGCGCUUCGACUGCCACUACUGCAGAGCCCCUCUGCAAGGCAAGAAGUAUGUGGAGAAGGAUGGACACAACUGCUGUGUGAAAUGCUUUGACAAGAUAGUUGCCAACACCUGUGCUGAGUGCAGGAAACCCAUUGGCGUUGAUAACAAGGAGCUCCAUUACAAGAGCCGUUAUUGGCAUGACAGCUGCUUCCGCUGCUACAAGUGUUACCAUCCUCUGGCCAAUGAGCAAUUUGUUUUCAAAGAUAAUAAAAUCCAGUGCCCUAAAUGCACCGAUAGAGAGGGAGCCCUGCGCUGCAGUGGAUGCCACAAGCAAAUCCAGCCAGGUGGCCGCAAUGUUGAGUACAAGGGUAGUGCUUGGCAUGAGGAAUGCUUCACAUGCAGCAACUGCAAGCAGUCCAUUGGAACCGGCAGCUUCUUCCAAAAGGGAGCCGAUGUCUUCUGUGCUACCUGUCAUGAACAAAAAUUUGCAAAACAAUGUGUGAAGUGCAAGAAUCCAAUCGCUUCUGGAGGGAUAACCUAUCAGGACCAGCCUUGGCAUGGUGAUUGCUUUGUGUGUGAAACCUGCCAUAAGAAGUUAGCUGGCCAGCGCUUCACUGCUGUUGAAGAUUGUUACUAUUGUGUGGACUGCUACAAGGCCUUUGUAGCCAAGAAGUGUGCAGGAUGUAACAACCCAAUCACAGGGUUUGGAAAGGGAUCCAAUAUUGUGAAUUAUGAAGGCCAUUCUUGGCAUGAGUACUGUUUCACCUGUAAGAAGUGCUCUCUGAACCUGGCUAACAAGCGUUUUGUACGCCAGAACGAGCAGAUUUACUGCACUGACUGCGCCAAGAAACUCUAAGGCAGCACACAUCUACACAGUAAACAAUCACAGUGGAAUGAUUACUGUUCAGCAGCUAUGCUGAAUGCAUGCCAGACUGCAAAACUGCAUUUAAUUAUGUAUGAGCUCUAUAGUGACUGAUC